AUGUCAACAACAACAACAACAAGAAAGACCAAGUUUAUAAUCACAGGGUUUGGUAAAUUUGCAAAUGUAGUUGACAAUCCUUCAACUCAUUUGAUCAAUCAUUUACAAAAGUCAUUACAUACUUUGAAUACUACAAAGAACUUUGAAGUAGUAAAGACUGAUAUCUUGGAGGUAUCAGCUCAAGCUGUUAACAAAUAUCUUCAAGACAUUGAAACAAAUGUAUUAAAAGUGAAUAAUAAUAAUAAUAACAAUAAUAAUACAACUGAUGCUGAUGAUCAUCAAGAUAAUAUAGUACUAUUACAUUUGGGUGUCUCUGGAUUAGCUAAAGAAUUGAAUAUUGAAAGAUUUGGUUGGAAUUGUGCAAACUUUGCAAAUCCAGAUGAAGCAGGAUGGACAGCUUUAAAUGAAGCAAUCAAUGAUACAUGUCAAAUUCACAACUCUAUUGAAACGAAUCUACCUACCAAUCAACUUGUCAAUAGUCUUGCCGGCAAGAAGCACAAAGUGCAAGAAUCAACGGAUCCAGGUAGAUUCAUUUGCAACUAUAUCUAUUUCUCAUCGUUGUGUCUAUCACAGAGAUACAAGUGUAAAUCAUUAUUUGUUCAUAUUCCACAUUUCGAAGCUAUCGAUUUUGAUUCUCAAAGAGAGAUAGGAAUGGAUGAUUUAUAUUCAGCAUCAAAUGAUUAUAAUAUGUGGUUGGAUCAACGAGAACAAGAACAACAAGUACCAAGGUCAUCAUCAUCGAUAGUGAAUAGUGGUGGUGGUGGUGGAUAUCAAUUGGAAGGGGAUGACCAAUAUGAAGAUGAAGAUGAUUUCCUUCUCCCCUCUUCAAACGAUAUCGAUCCAUACCUCUUUAUCACUGAAAAGAAAAAGUUGAUGGAAAAAAAAAGAAUGGAAAGAGAAUUAAAGGAAUGUCUCUUGUUGUUAUUCUCUGGAUUCUGUAUCUUUUGUCUUUGGAUACUUUCUCUUCAAUAUUGGAAGAGUCGAUCACCAGUUGUAAGAGGAUUGGUCAAACUACAAAUUGUGACGGAAUCAGUCGGUAUUUGUAAUAAUUGUCUUUCAGAGAUAUCGUCAGGCAAUUAUGAAAACUUACAAGUUGAAGUUGAAGAUGAUUAA